CGUUAGAAAAGUAUCGACAUCAUUUCCAUCGGUUAAAGAUGCACAAAUAGUCUACGAUGUUAUUAGUGUUGAUAAAGGACCACGAAGAAGUGGUGCUACAAGAUUUUUAAGUGUCAACAACAAUUCCCUUGAAGCGAAUCUGAUUUUUAGUUUAAAAUUUUCUGGUUAUUUAAAUUUUAUUAUAAAGUUAGAUAAAAAAAACAGUUAUUCGCAUUAUUGCGAAAGUUCAGUGAUUAAGUAAUCAAAAUUCAAUAAAGAGUGAUCUGAAGGAACUCGCAGUUUAUUCUCUACUUUGAUAUAAUGAACGUACUGAAAGUAGAAGACAUUUCUAAAGAUACAAAUAUAUUUAAUUGGGAAAAUUAUUCGAAAAUGGCAAAUAAAAAUACUCAUUUAAUUAAAUUAAUUGAGGAAACAAUUUUGAAAAAAGAAAAAUUCUACAGUAUCGAACUCGUUUCUGAAAAAGAUUUUGAAAAUUAUCAAAGAUUUUUUGACGAGAAGAGAAAAUUAUUUCCAUUAUUUCAAUCAGUAACAUGGCAUUGCAAAGAAAAUGCAAACAAAUUGGAUAUUAAAAAUAUUGAACCAUUGAAAAUUAUUGAAAAAUUACCCAGUAAUACUUUAUUACAUCUUGCAGCGAGAGGUUUAACAAAAGAAACCGUUAAAACAAUUUUAAAUCGUGCCAAUGAAUUGAAUGUGAAAAAUAUUUUCGCUUUACAAGGAGAUUCUUUUGUGGAAUUAGAAGAACCUGGCGAAUUUUCACAUGCCUCUGAUUUAGUUACAUUCAUUCGACAAGAAUUUAAUUCAUUUUGUAUUUGUGUUGCUGGAUAUCCAGAAAUGCAUCCAAAAUCUCAAACUAAAGAACAGGAUUUAUUUUGGCUCAAGGCAAAAAUUGAUGCAGGAGCCGAUUUUAUAAUAUCUCAAAUAUUUUUUGAUGCUCAAAUUUUUAUUAAAUUUGUGAAAGAUUGCAGAUUACUGAACAUUACUGUUCCCAUAAUUCCGGGAAUAUUUCCAAUCACAAAUUAUAAAUCAUUGAAAAAAAUAUCGACAAUUUGCCAUGUGGAGAUACCGCAAAAUUUAUUGAGUACUUUAGAAAUAAUAAAGGAUAAUGAUGAGAAAGUUGAAAAAUUUGGAAAACAAUUUACUAAAGAAUUAAUCAAUGAAGUUCUACAAAGUGGAUUUGCAAAUGGAUUUCAUUUAUUUACAUUUAAUCGACUUUCAACAAUAGCCGAUAUUUUAGAAAUGUGAAUCAAAUGGAAACAAGUCUUCGAAAAAAAAUGUUUUGUUUUUGUUUUUCACUCUAAAUGAAAAUUAAGGUUAUAGAAUUUGAAACUUACAGUUAAAUGUCAUGUUUUUAAUUAUUAAUUUUACUUUUAUACAAAAAAUAUGCUAUUGCAUUAGAAAUAUUAUCUACAUUGUAUGGUGAGUCGAAUAAUGGGAAAUAAUUUUAUAAUUUAAAUCAAAAAGCUUUAUUAGCAUUUGUUAAAAUCCUUUAUUAAAAAUUUAUAAUAAAAAAAGAUUAAUUUUUUUUGUUAAUUAAAAUAUUUACUUUA